CGACGAGAAGUCCGGAUAUCGUAGUCUUACUAUCGAGGCGAUGAGCGCAGCCUCGCUCGGGUCGUGCUUGGGCGUCGCCUUCGUCGUCGAUGACAUCCACAAGGGCUGCAACCUCGCGUUCCGGUACCCGGCGCCGCAGAGCGACAGCCAUAUCUCGGCGUUCCACCGGCUAAGCUCGGCGCUCGUGGCCAAGCUCUUCCGGCCCAAGAACGCGCUCUGCAACCAAACGUUCGAGCUCGUGAUCGACGACCUGCGCUUCGUGAGCCACCCCGUGGCCAUCAACGUUCCAUCGGCGCCAGCCUCGGGACAAGCGCACCGCGAGACGUCCAUGUUCAACGUCAUUUUUGCCUUGGACGAGACCAAGUUCCACAUGGAGAUGGACCCGGCGCCCGGCGACCACAAGCGCAAGGUCGAAGCGUACGCGCAGGUGGCUGCGCAGCUCGCCAACGCGCUCUUACAUGAAGAGAAUCGGGUUGGUUUUGUGACGAAGGAGGUGCGCGAGCUCCUUCACAUUCGCGACGAGAUUGCACAGAACGAACGGCUCCACCACAUGAGCAGCAACAUGGACGACAACAGCAACGCGCCGCAAGAGACAUCGUACCAGGAAGUCGAUUCGGACCCGCAGACGCUCAUCGACGUUGCGCUCGGGAAGAGCAUCCUCGCCAACGACCUCAAGGCCGUCUACCACGGCCUCGAAGAAGACGGCUCGGUCCACGUCGUGCUCAACCGCUGGGUGCAGCUCUCGCUCACGCUCUACGACUCGAACCGGUUUGACAUCACGUCGAUCCGGCCGUACCACACGCUACUGCUGCUGGCCGAGAACGAAAAGAUCCUCGAAGCGCUCCCGUCCGACGCGUCGCCGCACCUCCGCCUCGUCAUCGAGGCCCACAACCCGCUGCGCGACUUCCACGAGCUCAUGGUCGAGACAGGCAUCCCGCUCAAGCAGCUCUUCCGGCUGGCCGCGCACCUCGUGUACUGGGGCGUCGCGCGCGUUCUGGAUGCCGUCACGAUGCACAACAUUUACCAAGUGCGCCCGACCGCCAACUUGCACGCGCACUCGGCGCUCGCGCUCGAAUUCCGCCGCAAGUUCACGAGCUUUGAGCUCGGCGAGGUGCUUGCGACCUUUAUGGGCAAGCACCGCAUCUCGGUGUACAUGAACACGCUCUCGCAGCACCGGAAGCUCGAGUACAUCCACAUGCUCAUCUGGCUCCUCCAGCACGACUUUAUCGUGCAGCUGCAUCGCUACAUCUACCUCAUGAUCCCGCAAGAGACCGACGUGAGUUCGUCACCGGCCGAGCCGUCGGCGGAGAAGGAUUACAUGGCCCAGCUUGCACGCAUGUCGUCGUCGAGCCCCGUCUUUGACCUCUUCCAGCGCCUCUGCCCGUACUUUCACGGCCAGCAUCACAUGGUCGAGAUCAUGUGGAGAGAGAACGUGACGCGUGCCGAGCUGCGCAUGGUCCUCAGCACGUACCAGAGCAUCCUUGCGUUUGCCGUGCACGAAUAGUCGUUGAUGCCAACACGAUCCUUGCG